UGUUUCACUUCCCUAGCCAUGUCGAAACAUCUGUCAUCUUCUCCAGAGCUUCCGCGAAUUCUGAUCAUCGGCGCUGGCUCUCGUGGUACUGCUUACGCUCGAGCCGUAUCAGAAUCAGGACAGGGCAUUGUGGCUGCUGUCGCAGAACCCAUAGCUUUCAAACGCACCCUCCUGGGAUCCAAAUACAUCUGGGGCUCGAAUGAGAGGCCUUCAGAUGGACAAGAGUUUACUGACUGGAAGCACUUUCUACAAUGGGAGACCAAACGCAGGAGCCAUGCUGCUGCUGGUCAUCAAGUUCCCCCUGGUAUUGACGGCAUGUUCAUCUGCGUUCUCGAUGAACAGCACGCAGAAGUCAUCACUGCUCUAGGCCAUCUAUCCAUUCACACACUCUGUGAGAAGCCGUUGGCCACAACACUCAAGGAUUGUAUGGCUAUAUCAGCAGCCAUGUCCUCGCAACAAGAGGGACAGACAGCCAUUNUUGGUAUUGGACAUGUCCUGCGUUAUAGCCCCCACAAUAUGCUCUUGCGCAAACUAGUCCUUGAAGAUCAAGUCAUUGGUCCUGUGCUGUCCAUGGAGCAUACUGAACCUGUUGGCAAUUGGCACUUCUCUCACAGCUACGUCAGAGGCAAUUGGAGAAAGGAGUCUACAACGGCCCCAUCAUUACUAACAAAAUCAUGUCACGAUAUUGACUUUCUGUUGUGGAUGUUAUGUUCACCUGCCCCAGGGACUGGUCACCCACCGCAUGUCCCAGCAUCAGUGGCCUCGUUUGGAUCUCUGAAACAGUUCAAACGGUCACGUAAGCCUGCAGAUGCAGGUGCUGCCACAUAUUGCCUACAAUGUCCAAUCGAGAAGACUUGUACAUACAGUGCUCCAAGGAUCUACUACGAAAACCAACUUGCCAAGGGAAAUACAGACUGGCCUGUCAAUAUCGUCAAUCCAGAAAUUGAAGCCUGUUACAAUGAUUAUGGUGCAGAAGCAGCAAAAGAUAUGUUGUUCAAGACACUUGAGAAUGAUUAUGACAGUCAUACAUCGCCUGAGGAGAUACACAAACGUCCCUGGUUCGGGAGGUGUGUUUGGGAGUCGGAGAAUGAUGUGUGCGACGAUCAAUUUGUCCUACUCUCUUGGAACGAUGAGCCCUUGACUGCAACACCAAACACCAGGCUGUCUGGCGCUAAGGGCAACGAACCGCCAGUGAGAAUGGCCAAGACUGCUUCCUUCCACAUGAUCGCUCAAACUGAGAAACAGUGUGAACGGCGAGGCCGAAUCUAUGGUGAGAAGGGCGAAAUCUCAUACGAUGGAACCCUCAUUACAAUCUAUGACUUUUCAACUGGUCAGUUUCAGCAUCACCGUCCGCAUAGACCUGGAGGAGGUCACGGUGGAGGUGACUACGGACUGGCAACGCAGUUCCUCAAGGCCAUCGAUGCGGUGAAGUCGAAGACAUUGUCCAUUGAGGAGGCUCAGACACAACACCUGGGAUGCAACCUGGAAGAAGUCAUCAGAAGCCAUGCUCUGGUUUUCGCAGCCGAAGAAGCUCGACUUGAAAACAAGGUCGUCAAUUGGCAGCACUGGUGGGACUCAUGCCAAGGAAGAUUCGGUUCCAAAGUCCCUGCACAGUAG